AUGGGCACGACGCCCGAAAAGGUGGUGACGAUGUACUUGGAUGAAAAGUUUAAGUCGGCGACGGUCGAGGGGGAACUUUUGGCCAAGUGUGAAAACUUGAAGACGCUGUCGUGCGCGUCGUGCGGGUUGACGACGCUCGCGGGGUUCCCGGCGCUGGCGAAUUUGAAGGAUUUGAGUUUGAACGAUAAUCGCAUCGCGGAUGGGUUGGAAGCCUUGGUGGGGUGCAAGGCGCUCUCGUCGUUGUCGCUGGCGAAUAAUAAGCUGGCGAACGUGGACGAUUUGAAAGCCGUGGCGGAGGAGUUGACGCUGUCGGUGCUCGAGUUGGAGGCGAAUCCGUUGACGGAGAACGAAGACUAUCACGAAAAGGUCAUGACCAUGAUGCCCACGCUUAACGUGUUGGACGGAAGGGACGAGUUCGGGAAUGAGAUCGAAGACGACGACGAAGACGACGACGAAGACGAAGACGACGAAGACGACGAAGACGAAGACGAAGACGACGAUGAAGACGACGAAGACGCAGACGAAGACGAAGACGAAGACGAGUCCGAGGAAGAGGAAGAGGAAGAGGAAGAGGAGAUGGGCUUAGCCGAUCUCUACGGCGACAAGCCGCUCGAAGACGACGACGACGACGACGACGCUUUCGUCGAAGACGAAGAUCCCGAGAGCGAAGACAUCGACGAAGAGGAGUCGGACGACGACGAAGACGAAGCGGCGGCGAAAAAGCCCAAAAUAUAA